AUGAAUACGACGAAAACUUUGCGCUCAACUAACUACAAGGAGAGGAAGAAGCGUAGCCAUGACGGGGCCGCCGCAGCUGCCGGAACUGGCAUCCUUUUGGAGGGACUUCGCAAACACAAGUUAGACAUUGGCGGUGGCUCGGCCGAUGCCCUUUGCGAUCCACUUCUGAAGAACGGGAACAAGCGUGUUGUCAUCAAGCCUGGAUCCAUUAAGAACGAUUGGUUGGGCCUAUGGAAAGCACCGCUCCGCAAUCCCUUCAACAUGUAUGGCACCCUUCCUUCGCAAAUCAUGUCGAGGGACAAGAGGAAGACCUUCUCGUAUCCCCCUCUUACCGAUGGUUCCGGAGAAUCUACAGAUGCCAUGGAGAUCGGUGACUGUAUUGAUUCAAUCAAGAUAUCCUCUGUCGCCGGUGAAGAUGCGGUUGCUGCUGCCUGCAAAGACGGCACGGAUCGGCUUCCGGUGACAGGCUCUCUCGACGUCAACCGUAUAAGCACAAUGUUGUCCGAACCAAAGAGCUCUCGGUCGAGCAUCACCGCUUCCACUGCCAGAAGCACGAUAGACAGCUUUCGGUAUUCUGACUCGUUUGACGACUUGGUGCCGGAAGGCGAAGUGGGACCAUCUUCGUCAUCGCAUUUAGAGGUGCUGUUGAACAAUCUCUACGUAACCACUGGAAACGGUUUUCUCUCCGGAUCGCUGCCAGAAAAUCCCUGGAAGAACAAAAAUCAAGUGGAUGCGGACUUCAUCGCAGUGUCAUUGGCACGCAAGCGGCAUUCAAAUCCCGGCCUGCUUCUAUUUCACGACCUGGAGGCAAUUGUCUCGGCACCGUCACGCUAUUGCAGAUGUGGAUUUUCCCAUUUGCCUCAUCACUCUGUGGCGUGUAGCCUAUGUGUCGGAGCGAUUUCAAACCGAUAUGGCAGCGUGUCACCAAGCAACACAUCGCACGGGCUGAAAAGCCCACGUUUGAGUUCACCGGCUCUGAGGAACACUCCUUCGAAUGAUUCGAGGGCUGCAAAUUACAAAAUAUCAUCCGAGGAAGAGCUGCUUCUUUGGAGCGCGUCUACCGACUCUGCGCGUGCAACAAUCUGUAGGUCAGGUGUCAUCCAGCGCCCUGUGAAGUUUGACGUAAAUGACGAUUUCAUGGUGACCGAUGCGGAUGAUUACGCUGCCCUCCAGACGCGAUUUGGCCGAAUCAUUUACUCUCCGAAGUUCAAGGAUCAGCAUUAUAUGUACCGCUUUGUCGUAUUAACUAAGGAGGCACAGGAGGCGGUGGAGGCGCUGAGUCGCACAUUGCCCAACAACGGAAAACUGCCAUGUUCCUAUGUUCCGUCCAUGGGAGGGAAACGUUAUUUGACCGAGUUCGAGAUAGUUCGACAGCUUGGCAUCCAGAUGUCACCCGGUUGGGAGCACUUCAUGUACUUCAAAAACUCGCAGAAAGAGCUUGUGCUCAGGAAACGGUUGUGA